AGCUCAUACUACUAUCAUGGCUGCGUACUGCGCAGGUGAGGUUGGGAGACCACAUAGACAGAGUCCACAUGGGUCUGUCGACGAGGGAACGUUGGUCCUCGUUGGUCUCGGCGGCCUAUUAUGACAUGCCAGUACUCCACGGUUUUUUCCGUGUGACGGCACUGCAUUCGAGUGUAUUUCGGCGGCCCUUGCAUGUAUUCCCAUUCCUGACCCACGAAGUUCUUCCUCUCCACCUCCCCACGGUGCUAUUCCCAUUCAUCAAGUACCACCGUGUCGAAGAAAUGUUCGCCGAAUACUUUAUACUGUUUUAUUUUCGGACGGUGCAGGAGUAUUUUCGGCUUGCAAGAAUACGCGUGCUGUAUUUUUACGCACUCUACGUCGUACAUAUAUUACAACUUACAAUAGUCUCCUCUGUCUUGUCCUUUCUUCCCAUCAUAUCAGCCCACACUUCCAUCAAUGGUCAGUCCCUCGUGGCGCUCAGGUCUCAUCUAUCCCAUCUGUCCAUCCAUCCGAUAUCGAUAUUGUGAUAUAUCGAUAUUAAAUCCCUUCCCUGCGCCCUAUUGAGUAUCAUCAACACGACCCAUACAUACUACCAAGCAACUGCUUCCGACCAUUGAUUUCUAACAACAUGCAUGCUACUAGGGAUCGAACAUCUUAUGGCGAAACAACCUCCAGCAUAUUUCUCUCCUUCCGAACAUGCGGCAGGCCGCU